CGCUGGGUAUUCCUAUAGAAGAACUAUUGUGCGAGUCAAAACCCCUAAAUCGCAAAUAUGGUUGAGUGGACAGCAGCUGAGCGCAAAGCUAUAGCAAGCGUUUGGGGAAGUAUCAGCGCUGAUGAGAUUGGACCCCAAUCCGUGGCCAGACUUUUGAUCGUGUUUCCAUGGACUCGGAGGUAUUUCAGCAGCUUCGGUAACCUGGCCGACUCAGCUGCCAUCUUGGGUAACCCCAAAGUGGCUAACCAUGGGAAGACGGUGAUGAAGGCACUAGACAAGGCUGUGCAGAACCUGGAUAACAUCAAGAAAACCUACACCGCACUCAGUGUGACCCAUUCCGAGAAACUGCAUGUGGAUCCUGACAACUUCAAGCUCUUGUCCGAGUGCAUCACCGUGUGCAUUGCCGCAAAGCUGGGCCCCACCGUUUUCGAUGCUUAUACCCAUGAAGCCUUCUACAAGUUCAUGUGUGUGGUUGUGUCCGCUCUCAGCAAACAGUACCACUAGAGCAUUAUUAUUUUACAGAGAUGUGCAACAGCUCCAGAAUUAAAGGCUGUUGUCUUUUAAUGUCAAUUAAAACCCAUUAAAAAGCAUUACAAUA